AUGCAGGGCCUGAGCUCCCGGGCUCACGCGUUUUCGGUGGAGGCGCUGGUCGGGAAGCCCUGCAAGAGGAUGAAAGUGUCGGAGGGACACGAGUCAAGUUCUGGUGGAGACAUUAGCGGCGACAGGAGCAUCAUCACCGGCCAGAACGAAUGUCCCAGCAGCCAGCUGAAGAACGCAGGUUCAGCAGUGGGGAGGCCGGAGGAUUCCUCCUGUGACCCGCACAGACAGACUGUCAGAUCAAGGACCGAAGACUCUGAUCCAGCCAGCGAGGAGAGCAAGCCGAAGGAGAUCGACUACCGGCCGGACAGGGAGGUCCGAGUAGAGCUGCAGGGCUCCGAGCUGUGGAAGAGAUUCUACGAGAUCGGCACCGAGAUGAUCAUCACUAAAGCCGGCAGGAGAAUGUUUCCUUCUGUGCGCGUAAAAGUGCGCAACCUGGACCCUUGCCAGCAGUAUUACAUCGCGAUGGACGUCAUGCCGGUGGACUCCAAACGCUACAGGUAUGUGUACCACAGCUCGCAGUGGAUGGUGGCUGGAAACACGGACCACUCGUGCAUCUCCCCGCGGCUCUACGUGCAUCCGGACUCGCCGUGCGCAGGAGAGACGUGGAUGCGGCAGGUCAUCAGCUUUGACCGGGUCAAACUCACCAACAACGAGAUGGACGACAAGGGACAUAUUAUUCUUCAGUCGAUGCACAAAUACAAGCCACGUGUACACAUCAUCCGGCACAACCCUCGGAUGGACUUGUCUCAGAUCCAGUCGCUGCCUGCUGAGGGAGUUCACAGCUUCUCCUUCCCAGAAACCGAGUUCACCACAGUCACAGCUUAUCAGAAUCAACAGAUCACAAAACUGAAGAUCGACAGGAACCCCUUCGCCAAAGGCUUCAGAGAUCCAGGAAGGAAUAGGGGGGUUUUGGAUGGCCUGUUGGAGUCAUAUCCCUGGAGAGGCCCGCUCAGCUUGGACUUCAAGCCUUUUGCCAUACAGCUCCAAGGGAGCUCAGCGUCGCCCGGAGUGAAGAGCCUCCUUCCCCUUUCUCCAUCGUCGUCCCUCCAUCCGUUCUCCGCGCUCACCUGCCAGGACGCCGCCCUCCACGCCCUCGCCCUCCCCCUGUACGGCAAGACGUCGGCCGCCUCGCCCGCCAUCUCCCCGCUGCCCGGCAGAGCCUUCUCCUCCCUGGGGGCAGACAGACUGAGAGGCCUCCCCCCGCUGCCUCCACUGGCAGACCUCCCGCUCCUCUCGGCGCUGCAGGGGAAGAAGCCUCCCCACUGCAGGGACCCAUGUCCUCACGGGUCUCCGGGGAGCGCCCCCUGCCCGAUCCCUCUCCACGGCCCCCUCAGCCCUCAGGGGCCCUCUCUCCUCCCUCAUCUCUCCGACACCGCGGGGCCCUACUGCCUCUACCGCUACAGCUUCCCCCUGAACCCCCAACUCGCAGCUAUUUCCCGGCACGCCAAACUCGCCGAAGACACCACAGACUGUCUGCUGCGCCAGUCUCCGUGGCACCCGACCACCAACCACUGCCUCUGACAGCUGGACCGCACUUGCAGGCUCCGGCCCAUUGAGAGUAACAAGCCAAAGCUUAUUGCAACAAAACAGAGGGGGCCGAUUCUCUAUUCGAGCGAGACUCAAAGGAGAAAUGCGGCUGCGGGGACAUUUUUUUGUAUUUAAAAAAAAAACUGUUUUAUACACUGUGUUGGAUUUACCAGCACAAAAAAAGUCAAGCAGAAGCUAUGCACACGCAUCUAGAGGGCCAACAUUGGAGUAAACAGAAACAUUUCUGUUCAGGCAGGAUACAGAUUUUUAUCUGAGAUGGAAAGCCCAGUUUUAUUUUGCUACACAGAAUCUGUCUUUGACAUUUCAGUCUCCCUGUUGAACCUCUUGGAGGGCUGUAGCGGUGUUACCAAAGAGCAUCAGCAGUAGGACCUGAGGUAUGUAACAUGACAAAGACUGUUAAAGCUGACCAUAAGAUCCUAUUAAAGUAUUUUUCACAUCUUUGUUAAGAUCAA